GAUGUUAUUCAAGACUGUGUUAGUCUGUUUAAUCUGUGUGUGUACUGGGAACCCUGACGCUAAAAAGCUUUAUGAUGAUCUUUUGCAUAAUUACAACAGACUUAUCAGACCGGUGUUUAAUUUUACGGACACACUCGUGGUCAAACUCGGUCUAAAGCUCUCACAAUUGAUUGAUGUUGAUCUGAAAAAUCAGGUUAUGACAACAAACGUUUGGGUUGAUCAGACCUGGAUGGAUUAUAAACUCCAGUGGAAUCCCGAGGAUUACGGAGGAGUAGAGACCCUGUAUGUACCUAGUGAGAGGAUCUGGCUUCCAGAUAUCGUACUGUACAACAAUGCAGAUGGAACCUAUGAAGUAAGACUAAUGACUAAAGCAGAGCUGAAGUAUACUGGACACGUUAAGUGGACUCCACCAGCUAUUUAUAAAUCGUCUUGUCAGAUAAAUGUGGAAUGGUUUCCGUUUGACGAGCAAAGUUGUGACAUGAAGUUUGGGUCUUGGACUUAUGAUGGAAAUCAGGUUGACCUGAAGCAUAUGCACCAAGAGCCUGGAAAUAAUGUUGUGGAUAUUGGAAUUGAUCUGACAGAGUUUUACUUAAGUGUUGAAUGGGACAUUCUUGAGGUGCCAGCGACUAAGAAUGUUGAGAAUUUUGCUGAACUGGAGAGAGAAGCAUAUAUCAAGGCGGAGUACCCGGAUAAGCUGCUAACUGAUAUUACAUUUAUACUGACGAUGCGACGCAAAACUCUUUUCUACACUGUUAACCUUAUUAUUCCAUGUGUAGG